GCGCAAAGUUCUUUGUAAUUGUGACUUUGAUAAGGACUUCGGGCGUUAUCAAAUGGCAAUGAUCAAGUCGAAUGUUUAUUAUUUGUUUAGAUCAUGUGACCGAGUGGUGCACGCGUUUAUGAGCGACUAUUUUUGUUAUUGAAUUGCGGUGCCAGGCGCGAUUUAGAAUUGGUAAAGGAAUCGUCGAAGUGGAGAGGCAAUCCCAAUGACCGAUUCUCAGUGGUCGCAGCGUAGUAGAAGAUUUAGAGAAGUUAAGAACAGUUAACGUCCGGAAAUGAAGACGUCAGCGCGGCAAUUCGUGAAGUUGAGAUAAUUGCAUUAUGCGAGAGCGACAUAGUCAGAUCGAUAAUCGUAAUUGGAUUUCGUGCAGUUUGUGGUUGGUGCGUGCAUCUCGGAGCUGACACUUUCAGUGCUUGCUGCUACUGCUAUCGACCAACAACAAAAAACUUAAGGUGUCAUUAUCAUGUGUGUGUUGAUUAGUUUACGCAAUCAGGCGUUCGUAUCAUCAAUGCCGAACGCUGUUGUGAUGGUGGUAGGGAAGAUAAGACAUAAGCUAGCGUCCAGCUGUUUUGACAGCAAGUGUUUCUAUAGCUCUCGUCCUGUUCAGAACAUCCAGAAGAGCAGAGUACCAAAAAUGUUCGAGUGUUCUAACCUAAAGGUGAACUCCAAGGAGUCUUUCAAAUUCCUAGAUUACGAUUGUCUAGGGUUCGAUCUUGACAAUACUAUAUGUAGAUAUAAGGUUAGCAAUAUGGUAAAAUUAGAAUAUAAAUGCCUAGCCAAUUUUCUAAUAAAAGAACGUGGAUAUUCAGGAGUCCACCUGAAUAGACCAAUUGAGGAGCAUAUAGAUUUUAUGAUCAAAGGCCUCAUACUUGAUGUUGAGAGGGGCAACCUGUUGAGAAUUGCUCCCGAUGGCCAUAUUCUGCAUGGAACCCAUGGUACUAAGAAGCUGGAUGACAAUGAACUAACGUCAUACUAUGGAACCGAAUGCAGAUGGGAAACAACCACACUUUUCAGUCAGAAUCCACUGAAAACAUGGAAUGGUCCUUACUCUAAGGUUGUAAGACCUUUAUUAGAUUAUUUUGAUAUGCCUGCUGGCCUCAUAUUUGCUCGAGCUGUUGACACUAUUGAUGAGGAGAAUGGCUGCAAAUUAGAGAAAUAUAAUAUAUACUCAGAUAUAUUGGAUGCUUUACAAGACAUGUUCCACAAGGACAACUUUAGUAAAAACACCAGUGAGUACUUCACAGCCAUCAAGGAACAUCCAAGUGACUACAUUCAGAAGUGCAGUGCUAACAUGAUGGACUGGCUUGUCUCCCUAAAGAAGCAGAAGAAAGUUUUAUUUUUAAUUACUGGAUCUCAUGUGGAUUUUGCUUCAUUCACUUCCACUCACUGUAUGGGACCUAACUGGAAAGACCUCUUUGAUAUAGUCAUCUGUUUUGCCAAAAAACCUGGAUUCUUUACAGACAACCGUCCCUUCAUUGGUGUUGAAGGCUUUAAAGAAACUGAAGAAGUGACAGAUCUCCAAACCAAUGGGGUAUACUUGAAUGGUAACUGGGCUGGUAUGCACAAAUUUCUCCAGCAGGCAUCCAAGAAAAACAAUCCUAAAGUUUUGUAUGUUGGUGACAACCUGAUACAAGAUGUUUAUACUCCAGCUGUAAAUACAACCUGCGACGUUGUAGCGGUUUGUGAAGAACUUGAGGCAGAGGGCAUUUUUGGGCACAGCAAGAAUCACACAGACCAAGACUUAUUGGUUUCCAAUAUUUGGGGUUCUUACUUCCAUCGCGUCGACGAGUUCAAGGAAACAAUCUGGUGCGGAUUUAUAAAAAAGCACGCAAAACUAUGCAUUCCUAGUUUAGAAUAUGUUGCUCAACACCAAAUUGACCAUGAGUUCUAAAACUUGUUUUUUAACAUUUAUUUUAAUAAUCUAA